AUGCCGACGAGCCCGCCAUGGCGAGUCCAGCGGCCAUUCAAGAUGCAUCUUGUCAACCGUCGGUGCGUCCCCUCUUUCAAUGAUGCCCGCCAGUUGAGCGAGCAUUCUCGAAUCGCCGCGGCGGAAGAUCUGCCUUGCACAGACGGGCUCCGCAGUCGUGCUUCUGCCACCAGAAAGUCACGGGUUACAAAGCCACCGUCGAUCACAAGCAGACUCCUGUUCAAUCAGAAGCUCGAGCUGAGCCGCCAGGCGCCGAGGAAACGACACUGCCUUUUCACGCAUGUGAUCAAGGCUCGGCGGGAGAGCAAGGUCUCUCGCGAGACACUAUACGGAGCCCUCGCCAGAGCCUUUGUUUCAAGACGGUAA